GGAAAGCCCUAGCCUUUUUCUUUUAAUACAUGCUCUCGCCCCUCUUGUUCAGCCCCGCUAACUGACAGACAAGCAUUGGGAACUCCAUUCCUGUAUCAAAUACAAGUAAUUUAUUCGAUCAUUAUCAAUGACCGACAAUAAGAACCCAGUGUAUUCCAUUCCUGCGAGAUAUCCAGAUGGGUUGUAAUCAAGGACACUUUUCAAUACGACAGUACCGUAAGACGGCAGUCCAAACUAGCUUCACCUGGUAAAAACAGCUGCAGUGCCACCAACCAUGGAACAACAAUACCGUAUUAUAUCACUUCUACCAACAACUCGAAGUCACCGACACCAUCCGAACAUACUACAGUAGACACAAAAAACUAAUGGCGCAAUGCGACGCCUCAUCAAACACCUAAUCCAGCGCAUCUGGAGAAGACCCGCCACACUCGCUUUCUUCUUCACCACGGUCUUCCUCGUCGCGCCCCUGUUCCUCUACCAUCUCCUGGCCUACCCCCUCGCCAACGACCCCCGUCUCGUCCCCAGCGUAUUCCGCACGGCCAAGAACAUCCUCCUGGUCACCGCGCAUCCAGACGACGAGACCCUCUUCUUCAGCCCGAGUAUUCUCUAUCACAGCGACGAUGCGACCGUAACGCGGGCUAUAUUGGUGCUUUCAUCUGGCAACUAUGACGGCAUCGGCAACACCCGCCACAGCGAGCUGCAGCACAGCUGUGCCGAACUCGGGAUUACGCCCGAGCGAUGCCUGAACCUAGAUCACUACGAGCUCCAGGAUAAUCCCCGGAAAUGGUGGCGGGAGGAUCUCAUCGAGGAGCUUGUGGGGCAGUACGUCCAGAAAUGGAACAUUGAUUUGAUCAUCACGUUCGAUAGCGGGGGUGUAUCUGGACAUGUUAAUCAUCGCGCGGUUAGUGCGGGUGUUAGCAAAUAUAUAUCCAAAAACACACAGAGUCCACCGGCGUAUACACUGCAGACCAGAUUCCUGCUGCGGAAGUACGCCGGUCUAGCGGAUUUGAUUCCGACGUCCAUGUCCUUCUCAGGCCGCAUUCUGCGGGCGCUUGUAUCUGCGCCACCGGAGUAUGAUGGGGUCAAAGUCAACAAUGAGAAGAGCCAUACGAUGCAGGAUCCCUACGGGGAUAGGGCGCUGUUGGUGAGUGACUGGCGGAGGUAUUUCCAGGCGCGGAGGGCGUUUAGUCAACACGGGAGUCAGUAUUCGUUUGAUCGGGUGUUUUACCUAUUGAUCAGUCGGUAUAUGUGGGUGAAUGAUUUGAGGAGGGUGGUCUGAAUGAGUAGAAUAGGAAAUGGGAUGGGGUAUAGGAUACUAGCAUUCUUAGGGUUGAGUGGAGUAUAACUGUAUGAGUGUGCUAUGCGGAUUACCAAAGUUCAUAUGUGGAUACUGUAUGUACAUCACUCGUUGC